AGAAAUCUCGCGAGAUCAGUUUCCUAGGUAACGGUACACCGUGUUUUCAUGGAGAGGUCUGAGCGACAAAAGAUUCAACUGACAUCCAACCAGCCAUACGACGAAAGUUUUGAGGUGAACGCAGAGGAGGCGGCCAGUGUGCACACACCAACCCCAAGACAGAUAAUUUCCAGGAGGGCUGGCAGACAGAAGCAGAGCACCAUGGCCAGUUACACCGGUGAUAAAAUAGAAGAAGACACUAAACAAAAAAAGAAAGAGCCGCCUUCUGGUCCCCGUGGUACUAAUGAAAAUGAUGAUGAAGAAGAAGAAGAUGAUGAUGAUGACGACGAUGACGAUGAUUCUGAUGACACAGAGUCUGAUGAAGAGGAUGGGGAGCCCGGAUCUGCUCUGGAAGGUGCUUAUGAUCCGGCCGAUUAUGAUCACCUUCCUGUGAGUGCAGAGAUCAAAGAGCUGUUUCAGUACAUCACACGAUACACCCCACAGACAAUAGAGCUCGACCACAAACUGAAGCCCUUUAUCCCAGACUUCAUCCCAGCUGUAGGGGACAUUGAUGCUUUCCUUAAAGUACCACGGCCAGAUGGAAAAGCUGACAAUCUUGGUCUCCUGGUUCUGGAUGAGCCAUGCAUUAAACAGUCAGACCCCACGGUGCUCUCCCUGUGGCUUUCAGAAAACAGCAAACAACACAAUGUUACUGAAGUAAAAGUUAAGAGCAUCGAAAACCCAGAAAAGAACCCCAAAGCCAUAGACAACUGGAUCGAGAGCAUUACUGAGCUGCAUAAGUCCAAACCUCCUGCUACUGUACACUACACAAGACCCAUGCCAGACAUCGACAACCUGAUGCAAGAGUGGCCGCCUGAAUUUGAGGAACUUUUGGGGAAGGUGAACCUGCCCACAGCAGACAUUGACUGUGAUUUGGCAGAGUAUGUUGACAUUAUUUGUGGAAUCCUGGACAUUCCUGUGUACAAGAACCGAAUUCAAUCACUUCACGUCCUGUUCACACUCUACUCUGAAUUUAAAAACUCACAGCACUUUAAAGCUGCUGAGAGCCAGAAAUCUGAAACACAAUCUGCUUCACGUACAGCCACUGCUGAUUUAGAAAAACUCACUUUGGACUGAGGUCGCUCUUUCUUUGUCAUGGCCUGUUGUGCAUGGCCUUUUUUCUUACAUCCUUUUAUGUUGUAAGUUGUUAUGUCACAAGUUGUGUUGUUAUAUUAAGACAAGACAUUUGUCAAGACAUUGUAAGACUGAUGAAAACUAGCAUUAGCCACAUUGUGAUGUUUUAAUCACUACAAAUGGAUUUUAAUAAAAAGCUAUUUCCUCAAACUGUAGACUUUAAACGUGUUGUCAAAUAUAAUGU